GGUGGAGGCAGGCGCGGGGGGCCGGCGUCGGAGACCGGGAUUCGGUCUUCAGGGCGACCGAUUGCUGGACCAGCGGCGGUCCCGCGCUCCCCGGCCUGCGCGCGCCAGCUGCUCUGGGUUCCCCAGGCCGAGGCGCCGGCGGCUGCGGCAGGCCGGUGUGGUGGGCAGAGGGAGGCUCGGAGGGCGCGGGCGCCCGGUGCGCGGAGCAGGCGUGAGGCAGCUGGGGGCCGGGACGCCAUGUCCAUGGAGGACCCCUUCUUUGUGGUGAAAGGAGAGGUACAGAAAGCAGUCAACACUGCCCAGGGCUUGUUUCAAAGAUGGACGGAGCUCCUCCAGGACCCCUCCACAGCCACGAGGGAAGAAAUCGACUGGACCACCAACGAGCUGAGAAACAACCUCCGGAGUAUAGAGUGGGAUCUGGAGGACCUCGACGAGACCAUCAGCAUAGUUGAAGCGAACCCUCGGAAAUUCAACCUUGAUGCGACUGAAUUGAAUAUAAGAAAAACAUUCAUCACAAGCACUCGGCAAGUUGUCAGGGACAUGAAGGAUCACAUGUCCCCUUCCUCUGUGCAGGCAUUAGCUGAACGAAAAAACAGACAGGCACUGCUAGGGGACAGUGGCGGCCAGAACUGGAGCGCUGGAACGACGGAGAAAUACGCGCGCCUCGACCGUGAGCUCCAGUUGGCCAACUCCCAUUUCAUCGAGGAGCAGCAGGCGCAGCAGCAGCUGAUUGUGGGGCAGCAGGAUGAGCAGUUGGAGCUGGUCUCCGGCAGCAUCGGGGUGCUGAAGAACAUGUCCCAGCGCAUCGGAGGGGAGCUGGAGGAGCAGGCAGUUAUGUUGGAUGAUUUCUCCCACGAGUUGGAGAGCACUCAGUCCCGGCUGGACAAUGUGAUGAAGAAACUCGCAAAAGUAUCUCACAUGACCAGUGAGAUGAGACCACUCGCUGCAGCUCCCCCUGCAGACACGGGGGCAUCGUUUGCUGGGUUGUGUUCUGGGCUGGGCCCCAGGGAGCGUCUACACUGCCUGCGGCCAGUGACCUCGGCGAUGCAGCAAGGUAGGCCGGUAGUGACCUGUCGUGCUCACCCCUCACUUCAGCUCUUGGGUGUUUGAAGCUCCGAAAGUUCCAGCGGCGCCUUGGCUGUGUUGCUGCCAUCUGUCUGCAGGUGACGGCUCCUUAUUGUGGGAGAGGCUCUUUACCAACACAGGGCCGGGAGGUGGGCAGGACAGAGAAGGAACUUGGUUUCCCUCUGACGUAGGCUAAUGUGUUGGUGCUGUUUUCCUUCCGAUGUGACCUUUGUCCAGAAAUGCCCUUCCCCCACGGCUGUGUAGACCGGAACUGUACUUCCGCAGUCAUUGUCCCAUUGUCCCAGUCACCUGCCCGACUGCUUGGCCUGGGCCUGGUUUGCCAGGUGCAGCCAGUGAGAACGUGUAUUUUAUCUUUUUUUUUUUUUUUUUUUUGAGGCCAUGAGUUCUUGAACCCAGAAGCCACUUGAUUAUCCAGGGGGCGUUAGAAAUAAAACCACCCAGCUCCACUCUCCGCUGACCAAAGCUCUCACGGUCUUGUUCUGUGGCCCUGGCGGUAGCCCAGUUUCCCACACAAGCCAAGCUCUCUGUCAGCCCCGGGGGGGGGACCCCGUGUCCAGGGUUUUUCUUGCUGGACUCUGCAGAAAGCGGGCUUUAGCUGACCAUGCUACUGAACAGGAAGUGCAGCCCCGGGGGUAAAGUCCACUCCGGGAGAGGCGGACAACCUUGUCCUCAGGAAAAGAGAGGGACUGUGCAGGGUGGGGCGAGGCUGGCCUGGUGUUCCCGCUAAGAAGUUACUGGGACUCACUUGUAAGCUUGAUGUGGGUGCGUCCUGACUUGACCCAGGAGAGUGCCCUGGUGAGGGUGGCCUGGAAACCGGGAAAGGGCCAAAGACUGCAAGGGAUAAAUAAUUGUGGAUUGGUUUUCUCUAAGUGGAAAUAUGCUCUCACUGGCUCAUUUGUAAUCAGAACUUAGUGUAAUGAAAAAAUCAAAUGUGUAAUACGUGGCAGUCAGUACUCAGCAGGACGAAAUUGUUAUGUUUUUCUUCCAAGGAUAAAUAGCCUACAGUGUUUUAUUUUUAAAUGAUUAGAAGGCAUAAACUAAAGACGUGAGAUCUAGGAUUCGAACUGCAAAUGCCUGGGUGAUUUCCAAAUGGUGCGCAGUCUCCCCCCCCGCCCCCCGCCCCAGGAGAAGAACCCAGUAGCCCUGGUGCCAGUUUACACCCCUCUCCCCAAGUAGAUACAUUCUUGCUCUUUCCACAGGCUGGGUCUCCAGGCGUGGUGUGGGGCGGCGGCGGCGGCAUUGCCCCGGGGCUUGCUAGAAAUGCAGGUCCUCAGGCCUGCCCGGCCUUGGGCCCUGCCGAAUCACGGACUCUGGUGGGUGAGGCCGGCAGGCUGUAUUUCACAAGCACCCCGCCCCCCCCCCCCCCCCCCCCCGGGGAUUCUGCCGCCCACUGUAGUUUCUGAAUCACUGCUCCCGCAUCGUGGAAUUUACGCUACAGUAAACCAUCCCUGCAUAAUAAAACCUCUUCCAUAGCUUUGAUUGUAAUCCUGACGUUAAACAAACUGAUGACACUAUAAACUUGAAAACUUUUUAAAAAUACUUGCGUAAGAAAAAUCUCAACUAGCCGUCUUUCAAAGUGGUAUUUUUACACCCUGAAGUCUAUCAGUAAUGUUUCUUAUUUCUGCUCUUGAAAUCAUGUUACAGCUGUACAAAAAAUACUGUUCAGUAUUAAAAGAGAAAUGGAGAGACCAUGA